CCCGCCCCUUUCCUCCCGCUGCCGUGACGGUUCUGCCUUCCUGCUGGACGAAGUAGCAAAACUAUGGCGGCACAAUAACACUGAUAAUAUACUGACUGAAUAGCAUUAGUUUUUUUGUUUCAUCCGGCAACAAAAUGUCGCACCCUUUAGCAAACGAAAUGUGCCAAGACAGCGAUGUGGCAGCUACCUAUUUAGAGACUAUGGUAUGUUCUUACCACUCCUUACUGUUGCUCAUUCCAUCUGUGCUAGCUUUUUGUUAAUCCAGAGGAAAGGACAUUACAUCUUUGAUUCGGCUGUCAAUUCUGUACUCUCAAAACAGUUAUUUACAACAAACAUCACUUACUCUCCCCGCCUUCAGGAGGGGUGGAUUCUCUAACUGGUGGGCAAGCAGUGUUGCGUCCACCCACCCUGCAGCCAUGGCGACAGAGUUAGAACCCCCGGUUGCCGUUCCCACUGCAUUGGAAGCCACAGCUUCCACCCUGGGCCUUGAAGAUGAAGAGGAACAUUGGUUGUAUGGUGCGACAGCUAAGCUGCACUCUAAAGGCAUUGAUUUGGAUGCUCUUGGAAAUAUAAAUGGCAUUCCAGUAUUAGAAGUGGACCUAGAUACUCUGGAGGAUAAACCUUGGAGAAAGCCAGGAGCAGAUCUUUCAGAUUACUUCAACUAUGGAUUCAAUGAGGAGACAUGGAAGGCUUACUGUGAAAGGGAGAGAAGGAUUCAGCUGGGUUUGGAGCCUUUGUCCCCAACGAGUACUGAGAACAAAAUAACAGUCCAACAAGGAAGAAGUGGAAUUGAAAAGGAGCUGGAAAAUGAAAUUAAAAAAUCAGACUUGGACACAGAAUUCUCAACAUGUACUUCUGCAGUGUGGAUGAAGGCAGGCCCCCCGCCAAACAGUCUGGUCAGCAUCAUGCCUGCGUGUAAUCUUCAAAGAUUGUCUGUCAGCCUUGCUGAGAAGCUGGAACUUCAUAGAAUCUUGAAGCUUGGAGGAACUAUCGAUGUAAUUAGUGGGUAUCCUGGAAACAUCAGACGGCUGGAAGGUAGACGUCGUGAGAUACGACCAGCUGAAGAAAAUCCCAUCCAGGUUCUUGGAGAUCAUACGAACAAACCACCCCCACCUCCACAGCCUCCGCAACAGUUUGCUCCUCCAGCCGGUCCCCCUAUUCCACCAAUAACAACUCCACCUCCUCCACCUCAUUUUUUGCGUCCUCCCCCACCAGUUGCGUCUAUUCCUCCUCCCAUUCACCCACCAGGCAUGCCUCCACCAGGUCCUCCACCCGGGUUAUUUCCACCACCUAUGGCUCCUCCUCCAGCACUUAUAAUCCCAACAUUGAAUGGGAGCCAACCAAAGACCUUUGCACCCAGACAACCACCUCGAUUUGGGUACAGUGGUGGAGGAGAUGCUGGCUUCAUUAGUUAUCCACCUAUUUCUUCAUCUCAUACUCCUUGGGUGACAACGGUGGAUAAAAGUACUAAUAGUCCAAGUAGCAGCCACUGGGAAUACUGUGGCUCUAAACGGGAUCGAGACAGAGUCCCCUCCUCCAGUGAUUAUAGCUAUGAUGAACGUUAUCAGCGCCAUGGCAGAGAAAGGAACUAUGAUUAUGAUCGUGAAUACCGUCGCAGUAGAGAGCGUGAAGAUCGCCACAGAGAACACCGGCAUAGAGAGAAAGAUAAAGAGAAGGAAAAAGAGGAGAGUGGGAAACACAAGUCUUCAAGAAAGAAGCAGCAUGACAGUGAAGAAGGAGAAAGCCAUAGACGCCACAAACACAAGAAAAAUAAACGUAACAAAGAGGGUAGAGAUGAUGGAACAUCAGAGAGAGACAGAGAGGAUCGGGAUUCUAAGAAGUGAAAGCUGUUAAAAUACAAAGACACUACCUCAGAUGUGUAUGUGUAGUUGGAACUUCGCCUUGUUCCCAGAUCCAUUCUUAUCCAGUACAAAAGGGAGAGCAGUUUCUGCUCAGCUCAUGUAUCUGAUCUUUCUGCAGUUGUAGUUGUGUACAGCAUUGUAAGUGUACUGAGUUAGACUUCUGUAAAAAUGUACAGAAUCUAUGUUAUUCUUAUAACAGAACUUUGCACCACUGAAGUCUGAUGUUAUCAAAAACACUUAACUGCAUAAAAUUACAUGUUCAUCUUAGGCAGCUUACAAGACUGUUGUUUGGAAAGAAUCCUUGUGCUGUUUUGGGAUAGUGUGUUUUAUACCUAAAAGACAAAUUGCUGUUUGCUGAGAGUGGUUACCAUUUAGACUUUUAUCAGUAAAACACGACUGACCAUUAGGUUUGUAGGUACACUCCAGGGUGAUUCAGUUAAUAUUUUACCAGGAUUUGCAUUUUACGUCAUAUCACUUAUGUGUGGCCAUCAUGCAUUGCGUUUCCAAUGGUGAAUUUUUCCUGAGCUGUUUCUGAGUGGGUUUUUUUUUUUAGUUUACCCAUAAUUUGUAAAGAAACACUCCAGAAAAGGAAGAUGCUUUCUUGCUGCAAAAGGUAGACUUUUCACUUUCCUGUAGCUGGAAGCUGGAUUUCAUUUCCUAAAUAUAGUUCCCCAGACUUCUGAGAUGGUACAUACCAUGAUGCUGUGGACACAAUGCUAUGCAUGUCCCUGUCCACGUGUAGUGUCUGUAUAGCCCAUACAGUAGUUGCACUAUAGAUCACAUUGUGUUUUUUUUUUCCCGAAAUGUGUAGUAGCACUUUUUAGGUCAGCACUUUGGUCCUGCACUCCUCCCUUUGCCCCCCACACCCAUAAAAAAGGUUGUCUGUAAAUGAGUAAGAUAUGUCAAGCCGCUAGUGGCGCAACAGAUGUAUCCCAGCAGUUGCACUACAGCAGAUCCACCUUAGGAAAUGUUGCUCAUGAACACCUGAGAUGUUAAACGAACUUCACCUUCCCACAGUGGGCUUACUUGGAGGAGUGUGAGGUUUGGGGGCUCAGAAAAUAGAUAGUUGUCUUCAGCAGCAGCAGUAUUGUGCUUAUAUACCCAUAAAAACAUAAUAAAGGAUGUUAUGUCUUUUUCUGCUGAUUACAUUUUUCAGCAAAAUAUCUUAAUGUUUUGAAACUUUGGAGAAUUCUAGAAGAAAAAAAGUUCUGCUGAUGCCAAGUAUAAUGUUUAGGAUCUCUAAGGCUGCUGUUAUAUUUAUGCAAGCAGAAUUUUAUUUGUUGUCAUUUCCCCACCCCACAAGUGCACUAGAGCUGCCUGCAUGCAGGGUUUGGAAGCUGUCAUUUGCCUUGAGAAUUGUAUAUUUAUGUCUUUUGUGAGGUUUUGAAGGUGUGUUUUUUAGAACCAAGCUCGUGAGGUAGCAUUUGUUUCAUCAGAGUGUGCUUACUACCAAGUGAAAUUUAAAUACUGUUCAUUAUUACCACUGACUUGUUUUACAUCAUCUAAACAUGCUAAGAAAUUGUUUUAAAGUAUUUUGUACUCUGUAGCUGGUUUAAAUUUCGUAAGUUUACUUGCGAAAGACGAGGCACUAAAGUAAAAGCAUUUUUUCUAAGCA